AGUGUGAUUUCUAUCAUAAUGUGGUUUACUUGAUAUUUACAUGGAACAACAUGGAUAUACAAACAACAAAUACACGAAGAAAAGUAUUAAAUCAUGUAGUUUGCAGUAUUCUGGUGGAAUCUGGUUACGAUACUUGUGAUAAACCAGCAUUAGAAACACUUACGGAAAUGCUACAAUCUUUCAUUGUAGAGGUUGGAGAAUCUGCCAGGAAUUAUUGUGAACUUUCUGGUAGAACAGAACCACUCAUUGCAGAUGUCAUAGUAGCAUUAAUAAAUAUGGGUAUAAAAUUGGAUAACAUGGAAACUUAUGGAAAGAGAUCUAACAGAACUGUUCUACCCCCACUUCAGCAACAAACUCAAUCAAAACAACUGAACAUUUUGCAGGCUGGAGUGAAACAAGGUCAUCCGUCUCAUAUACCAAGUUAUUUACCAGCUUUUCCUGAUCCACAUGCAUACAUUAGGACACCGACACACAAACAGCCAGUAACAGAGUACGAAGCAAUAAGAGAAAAAGCAGCAACACAAAAGCGUGAUAUUGAAAGGGCACUAACAAGGUUCAUUGCAAAAACUGGAGAAACGCAUAGCCUCUUUUUAACAGAAGAUAAUAGUAUGUUUCCAUUAAUAUCGUGUAAACCACAAUUUCCUAGCUAUCUCUCAGCUCUUCUUCCACAAGAUCAAAUAUUUGAGCCUGAUCAAGACUUUCAAUUUGAACCAAGCCCUGUAAAAAAGAAAAAGGAACAAGAGAAAGAAGAGAAAGAAGAAGGUAUGAAAGGACAAACUGAAGAUACAGAACACAACGGAGAGACCACAACACAACAAGAUGCCAUAGACAAUCCUUAUUUACGACCUGGAAAAAUACCAAAGAAUAAAAUGCCAGGCGCUACGGUGCCUGGUUUACACGCAAUGAAGCGGGAUCCUCUUGAAUGUUAAU